GUAUGAGUGAAUUGUUCUUAUUUUAUGCUUAGAUCUUUCGGGUUACAGCAACGCUCCUUGCGGCUUCGCGUUUCCUGCGCUGCCAAACCAGAAACAAUGGCGAAGGUGUCUAAGAUAGUAAGGAAGCAACUUGCAUUGCCAGAUGACUCUGCUGUUACUGGCGAGUCAAAGUUUUCUGAACUUGGAGCUGAUUCUCUCGAUACGGUUGAGAUUGUGAUGGGAUUUGAGGAGGAAUUCGGUAUAAGUGUGGAAGAGGACAGCGCUCAGACCAUUGCAACCGUGCAGGAUGCGGCGGAUCUUAUUGAGAAGCUCGUUGAGAAAAAUAAGGCUUAGAAGCGAUGGAAACAGAGUCGAGUAGUGUUUUCAUUUCUUAGCCUGCUUUAGAGACAAGUACUUGGUAGACUGGUUAUGUACUCGGUCGUUUUGUGUUAAUCCGAACCUUGUAGUUUCGUGGUUUUGUUAAAAAGUUAUGAAGAUUUUGAGUUUGUGUUA